UCGUUGCGAUCCCCAAACCCAUCCGAACUCCGCCUUGGAUGGGAGUGUCCGCACCUGGAGGUCUCCGUCCCGCUGGAACAACUCUCGGAGGCUGCCGAUGCGGGGACAUUGGACACACCAUAUAUCCAACCAUCCCCACGUAACGAUCAACGGGUUGCUUCUUCAACAACACUUUACAGUGAGUGCUCCGUGAGUACCUGACCAUAGCUGUCACUCCACCGCCCAUCAUGCCCGCCGCACUCCCCCCACUCUCGUCGAUUACAUCACUCCCGCAGGAGCAGCAAUUCCAGGUCCUGGAUACGCUCUUCGAGUCGUCACCAGAGAUCCAUACUCUCAUGGCCCCCGUCCUGGCCAACCAGACGUUCUCUUCUUACUCCAGCUUGAUCGAUGCUGUAGGCGGUCGCAUGUCCGCCCUUUCCGCUGCCAAUUCGUCUAAGGACAAAGAGGUUCUGGUGGGGAUUCUGGGGUCCCACCCCCGCCUGGGACAACCCAAGGGAGCUCCGACCGAGCAUCUGAGCGAAUUGAGUAAGAAGGAGCAAGCAAAUUUAAACAGUGGGGCGGAAGAACAGGCGGAGAAAUUGAAGGCCUUGAACGCGGAAUACGAGCAGAAGUUCCCUGGCUUGCGAUUCGUGACAUUUGUAAACGGACGCAACAGGGAUGUCAUUAUGGAGGAGAUGCGCCAGAGGAUCGACAGGGGUGAUGCCGACCGUGAGGUGGAGGAAAUCAUACAGGCCAUGUGCGAUAUUGCCAAAGAUCGGGCACAGAAAUUGGAGCAGUCGGCAAAGAUCUAGGUUUUAUAAUAUACAGAUAGAUAUGGUCAAUAAUACCGUUCAACAUCCGCAGGUUCUUGUCUGUCGAGCUCUGCAGUAUGCGAUCUAUGCACUACGGAAUUGCUUUUGAGGAGCAUUUCUAGCGAAACUGGAUGCCCGGUCCUUUUACCAAAGAGUCCGCUGGUCUAUUCGUACCCCGUCGCGGCUAUAGGCAGCAGUUCGUCGUACAGAGAAGCACAAGCUGGGUGGGAUCCUGAGAGUAGCUGUCGCACGACGGGGCUUUCUGUUAGGAAGCGUGUGCUACUUUAAUUCUGCAUGCAGCUACGCAGUUGAUCUUCAAUAUGGCUGACGAAUGCUAUUGUCUAACCCUGGGUAGCUUGUCAGACAUGGACG